UGGCGUUUGGUUGUAAUGUUUUGUUUACAAACCCAUCUUUAUCAAUGAAUGACACUGUUUCACAAAUUCGUAUAGUGGUGUCAUUUAAUCAGAUAAAAAUAGACACAAUAUUUUGAAAGACAAAAGAAUCCGUUAGAAAACGGACAAAGUAUCCACUUUGGAAAGAAAAAGUUUUCCAAUUUGUAUGGGUGUGACCUGAUUUAUUUGAAAUAAAAAAAAGAAGAGUUUUUGUUGUGAACAUAAAUCGACGAAAAAUGAAUGAAAUUCUUGAACCAUUUUUAUCGAAUUCAACGCCAACAUCACAGCUUGAAUUAACGAUCAGUGCCCGAAACCUACUGAACACCGACAUUUUAAGUAAAUCCGAUCCUUUUUGCAUAAUUUCGAUGCGCGAAGAGCCGUGGCAAGACCAGUAUUAUGAAAUUGCAAAAACUGAAAUGAUUGCCGAUACAUUGAAUCCACAAUGGGUGCGAAAAGUUGUGGUUAACUACAGCUUUGAGUCGAUUCAACGUAUUCGUUUUGAAAUUCGUGACGAAGAUGUGACUCUAUCCGAUUUUCUAGGAUAUUAUGAAACAACUUUAUCCGAUUUAAUUUCGUAUACAGGACGUCAAUACAUUCGAAAAUUGAAGGGAAUGAGAGAAGCGAAACAAGUGGAUUGUGGUCAAAUUAUAAUCGUCACUGAGGAGUUGUCAUCAUGCAAACAAAUGGUUGAAAUUCAAUUUAAAGCCACAAAUCUACCAAAACUCAAUCCAAUUAUACGAAAUGAUCCAUUUUUGGUAAUUUCACGCUCCAAUUUAUACGGUGAUUCGUAUUCGGUUGUCACGAAAACUGAUCCGGUGCGUUCAACACAAAAUCCGACUUUUAAACCGAUUUCCAUUCGCAUUGCAUCACUUUGUAAUGGAGAUUUUGACCGCGACAUCAAAAUUGAAUGCUACGAUUACAGAUCGAACGGAAAUCAUUAUUUGAUUGGUACUUGUUAUGCAACGUUAAAAAGUCUCAGUGCUCAUGAUGAACCACCAAUGACAUUGGUCAAUGAGCAAAGGCUUCGAAUUCAAGCGAGUCGAUGUGCAGUGGGCCAACUAUUUGUCGAGAAAAUUCACAUCGACGAAGAGAUUACCUUUCUCGAAUAUUUGCGAAAUGGGACACAAAUGCAUUUUGCUGUGGCCAUUGAUUUUACCGGUUCAAAUGGCGUUCAUAUCGACCCGAAUUCAUUGCACUAUCUCUGCGAUGAACGAAUGAACAGUUAUGAAAUUGCACUGACUGGAGUCGGACAAAUUUUACAGCAUUAUGACAGCACAAAGAAACUCUUGGCUUAUGGUUUCGGCGCUAAAAUACCACCGAGUUACAAGAUAUCACAUCUAUUUGCGUUGAACGGAAACUCGGAAAACCCAUACUGCAGCGAUAUCGAUGAAAUUCUCCAAAAUUACUGGCAACAACUUAAUACCGUUCAACUGUCGGGCCCAACAUUCUUUUCGCCGAUUAUUAACAGUGUGAUUUCAAUAGCAAAAGAUUUUCAAGAUGGAAAACACUAUUAUGUGCUAUUGAUUAUUACCGAUGGAAUCAUUUCUGAUAUUCAACGAACCAAACAGGCCAUCGUAAAAGCAUCGUCGCUACCCAUUUCAAUCAUCAUCGUAGGGGUGGGAAAUGCUGAUUUCAAAAAGAUGUUUAAAUUGGAUGGAGACUCCGUGCGAUUGAAUGCUAAAGGGCGUGAAGCUGAGCGGGAUAUCGUGCAGUUCGUCCCACUUGAAAAAUAUAUUGCGCGCAGUGGUUUGAAUCAACAUAUAAAGUCUCAAGCCGACUUGGCAAAAGAAGUACUCGCCGAGAUACCGGAACAAUUAACAAGUUACAUGAAAUCACGCGGAAUUAAACCGACAAUUGUAGCCCGCAGUACGCCGGAUAGUUUGUUGGCUGUAACCCCAACAAUGUCUAGUGUCUAGACACUUAAUGUGUUGCAAAAACUAAUAAUAUGUAAUCAAAAAGUCUGCAUCAAAAAUCAAUUACAAAAGUACCGUUGACGUAUUCAACUUUUGAAGAAUAUAUAUACAUAUUGCAAUGAAAUGUUUCCGGCCUAAGUAACGGUUUUUUUAUACACUGGAACGUCAUACAAUAUUUUAUAUCGACAAUCAGUAGGACACACACAGGUUAUGUGCAACAUUGUUUUAGGUUUUUAUCAGUAGCUUAUCAUAUAUACUCAAUCAGAUGGAAAUACUGCUAUAAUGAAUGUGCAAAAUGAAAUGAAACCAUCGAGCCAUCGACACUCAGGUUAUUCAUAUCAAGUGAUUUACAAUGAAAUAUCAAACAAAAAGAGAUUUAACGACAAAAUUUAUUUUAUAAUACACGAUGCACGAUUUACACUUUGAAAAUGAACGUUGGUUUUAAAAUUGAGAACGAACAGGACGGAAGAGGAGAGAAAGAAAGAAAGAAAAAAAAUGUUAAAAUGCUCAACAUGCAAUCGGAUUAUAUAUUGAUAUAAAUGUUAUUGUUAAUGUUAAUGCUAUAAUAAGCUUUUAAUAUACGAUGUUCGAAAUGUUAAA